AUGUCGGGCUUGGAAGAAUAUCUUGAAAAAAACACAACUGAAGGACAAUCUACGGGAAAUUAUGCUAUAAUAGACGACGAUGACUUAACAAAUAGUUGGAAAUCCGUCAAGCCUGAAGACAAGUGGGACGACAGCUUUCCUGGCUGGAAAUCUGUCAAUCCUGAAGACGAGGAAGAUGAGGAGGGAGAUGCAGAGAUUAAAAAGGCCUCUAAAUGGAUACCCAUUCAGGGCGAAGACAAAGAAGAUAAUAAAAAUACUAGUAAUUGGAAACCCAUUAAGAGUGAAGUUGAGGAAGAGACUCCUGCGGAUAAGAAACCCGCUUCAGAUGUCUCUGAAUCAAAGCCUAGCAUGUCCUCUGGACUACCUGCCGGACUGCUGUCCGCAGAUCAAUUGCAGGAAAUGCUUGAUAAACGGAAAAGAAAACGCGAUGAGCAUAAUAAGGGUUACGAAACUGGGGCCAAUGCUGAAAUCGUGCAUCGUGAUAAAUAUGGUAGAAAAAUUGAUAUGAAAGCGAAACGUGAAGCAGAGAGAAAGAAAAUAGAAGAAGAGGAAAAGCGAGCAAAAUGGGGUAACGAAGAUAAAAAGCAGAAAGAACGUAGUAUGAAGGAUAAGCCUUUGGCAAUAUACAAAGACGACGCAGAAUUAAAUGAAGAGCUGAAAGCACGAGAACGUUGGAACGAUCCUGCUGCUAUAUUUUUACCAAAAGUAAAGAAGACAAAGAAAAUCAAAGAUAGAAACAUUCCCAAAUAUCAAGGAACACCAGCGCCACCGAAUAGAUUUGGCAUACAACCUGGGUAUCGAUGGGAUGGUGUAGAUAGAUCCAACGGUUUUGAGAGAGAAUAUUUCGCUCGACAGAAUGCUCGUAAAGCAAUAGAAGUUGAGGCAUACCGAUGGUCAGUCGAGGAUAUGUGA